GACUAACUGAAAAAAAGAAACCGAAUGUUCAAACCCCAGUUAUGGAAAAUAUUAACCGGACUUAAUACGGAUAUGACCAAAUCAGACCGAGAAGUAGUAAUUCUGGUGACCAACCACCGCGUUUUUCUAAAUUGAUAGCGUGUGCCAUGUGACUGACACCAAAGAGAUCAUAUAUCUCAUCAUUCGAAGAUUUUAUUCCAUACAACCGAUUUUCUCCAUUUUCUUCAAAACGAUUCGGGUCAAGGUUAUUGACUUUCUCAUUCAGGUAUCAUCUUCUUCCUCGUCCCAUACUUUUUGAUUCACUUGCUUAUUCCUCUGCCGGUUUCGAUUAUAUUUGUUUGGAUCGGAUAAUUGUAUGGGCUUAAGCUUAUUUCGCUGUUAAAUCUGUUGAUUUGGUGUUAAGAGUGUUGUAUAACUGGAUUGGUGCUCAUACAUCUGGAGAUUUAUGUUUGAUGAUUUUUGAAGCUUGAAUCAUGGCCUCGAGAAUUGCUAAAGAUGUGACUGAAUUGAUUGGGAACACUCCAUUGGUGUAUUUGAACAAUGUUGCUGAAGGAUGUGUUGGUCGUGUUGCUGCUAAGCUUGAGAUGAUGGAACCGUGCUCUAGCGUCAAAGACAGGAUUGGUUUUAGCAUGAUUUCUGAUGCAGAAAAGAAGGGUCUUAUCAAACCAGGAGAGAGUGUGCUGAUUGAGCCAACAAGUGGAAACACUGGAGUUGGGUUAGCAUUCACGGCAGCUGCCAAAGGCUACAAGCUUAUUAUUACAAUGCCAGCUUCUAUGAGUACUGAGAGAAGAAUCAUUCUCUUAGCUUUUGGAGUUGAGUUGGUUUUAACUGACCCAGCUAAGGGCAUGAAAGGAGCUAUCGCAAAGGCGGAAGAGAUUUUGGCGAAAACACCCAAUGGUUACAUGCUUCAGCAGUUUGAGAACCCUGCCAACCCUAAGAUCCACUAUGAGACUACGGGACCUGAGAUAUGGAAAGGCACUGGUGGCAAAAUCGAUGGCUUUGUUUCUGGGAUUGGUACUGGUGGUACCAUUACAGGUGCUGGGAAGUAUCUUAAAGAACAGAACGCAAACGUCAAGCUGUAUGGAGUGGAGCCAGUUGAAAGUGCUAUUCUAUCCGGUGGGAAGCCAGGUCCUCACAAGAUUCAAGGGAUAGGAGCUGGUUUUAUACCAAGUGUAUUGAAUGUUGAUCUUAUUGACGAAGUUGUUCAGGUUUCAAGUGAUGAAUCCAUUGACAUGGCAAGGCAGCUUGCUCUUAAAGAAGGUCUUCUUGUGGGAAUAUCAUCCGGUGCAGCAGCUGCUGCAGCAAUUAAACUUGCACAGAGGCCAGAAAACGCUGGGAAGCUAUUUGUGGCGAUAUUCCCGAGUUUCGGGGAGAGGUAUCUAUCAACGGUACUUUUCGAUGCGACAAGGAAAGAAGCGGAAGCCAUGACCUUCGAGGCUUGAACAUUCUCCAUUUCUUCUUAAGAGACGCCAAAAUAAAAGAGAUGUUCAGUUUCUCCUAUAGAGACUCUUCAUCUUUAGUUACAUUGCGUCUUUGCUUCCAUCUGUAUCUUCUCUUGUGUGCCAAUAAAAGUCAAACUAGAUUUUCUCUGUUUCUUUUGUGAACCACUUGCUUGUUAAUGAAGUUUAAAUUUGCUAUGUAACUUUGUUCAUAAGUAUCAUACUGUUUCAUGAUCAAAACUAAACCAACAU